CGCUGGGUCCUUUUUGAGUGCUGGAUUGAAGUCGGGAGUUCACAUAUGAUGUGUUUUCGAAGCUGCGAAGGCAGCGAGUGGACCCUUGAUUUUCUAGUCCUACUUAGGUAAAGCCAAGUCCGAGUGCGUUCCGAGUAUCGUCAGCUCGUCAGCCUCGCGUGGCCGCAUUCUCUAGGCUUCUCUGUGCUUCCCUUUUCUGGCAAACACCUGGCUCGAUUGCCUGCUGUACCCUUGUCGAAGGUCCCCAGAUCACACUUCUGUACUAAGGAAAAGGACAAAUACCCGCACACCCUCGAAUCGUUGACCUGAUGGCGACCGGCGACGUGGAGAACAUAGGGAGACACUGCGAACUGGAGUAUUGCGGGCAGCUCGAUUUUCUGCCAUUCCCCUGCGCCAGUUGUAAAGGGCACUAUUGUCUUGACCAUCGAUCAGAAUACGCACAUAAAUGUCCUAAGGAGGGCAAGGCCGCCAAAGAGGCUCAAAAGAAGAGGCUAGCGGAGCAAAAUGACAGCAGCACACCGGUCAGCACAUCGUGGACAGGCAAACCAAAUGUUCUAUAUCACGAAGGCCAAUGUUCGAAAACGACCUGCAAAGUCCUCAUCGAUACAACUCGCGAACAGGGCGUGACCUGCGAGCGAUGCAACCGCCGAUACUGCCUUUCGCACCGCCACGAAGAGCAACACGAGUGCAAAACCCUUACACCGAUCGGCACACGGCCUCCUACUGUACAACAACGGACGCAAUCAGCACUCUCGAAGCUGAAGUUAUGGGCGGAGAACAAGCGCAAGGAAGACGAAAAGAGGCGAGCCGGGCCUAAGAAGUCCGGCUUCCUUGGUCUCGGCAAGAGUUCGAACUCGAGUGCGGCAGUGUCGGCACAGGUCGAGCUCAACGCGCUCAAGCGUGCAGCGAAGGGUGACGCAAAGGUACCGCAAGAGAAGAGGAUUUACCUGCACGUUGAAGCCUCAAGCGACACCACGAGAGCGAAGUUUCCGACCGGUAAAUUUUUCUACAGCAAGGACAUCAGCGUGGGAAGGGUGCUAGAUAUGGCAGCCAAGGCACUAAUGGUGGAGAACGUCAACAAUCGCAGUGAAAAAGAGGAGGAUAAGUUGCGAGUAUUCCAUGUAGAGGGUGGACGGUUGCUGAAGUUCAGCGAGAAGAUUGGCGACGCGACGCAGAAUGGAAACAUGAUUGUCUUACUGAGAGGUGUCGGUGAUGGGGAGCCAGAUCUCAUUGACUUGUGAGAUUGAUGGAAUACGAUAGCGAGCAUAUAGAAAGGCGCAGGAGGAUGGUGACAUAUUCAGAGAAGAAGAUACCCUUAUUGCAACGACUUAUGAUAGCAUUUUGCGGCGCAUCGAAUCAAUUGUGGCAUUCGGUUGUGCAUGCUCUUGCUUCCC